CACAGGGAUGAUGCGCCCUCGGUACUUGGCCUCGUAGGGGCAGCUUCUUCAUUCUCCCUGCCCACAGCAUCAUCAUGUUCCUGUUCUAAACAACUCGCAAUUGCGCCUUCCUUUCUCUCUGUGUCUUGUUCGAUUCUCUCUACCACUCCAGCGCACCACCGCUGAGAUGGCGACCAACAUUGUAUCAACACCACCGCCCGGCAAGAAAGUCGCUCUCAUGCCUGCAGAGUCGGAACUCGUUGCUUUUGACCACAGUGCUGCUGGACAUCAAGGAAUCAGUUCCAAUGCUUCAGGCUCCCUGAUAAUCAAGCCAUGCACGCAAGCAGAGAUCGACUUUUACGAGUCCGCCGAAGCACACCCUCUCUUCCAAGCCCACAUGCCCACCUUUAUCGGCUCGCUGUUGCAGCAUGACGAACAGGACGCGCCCGACUCGACCGACCCCCUCUCCGGCGCCGCCGUGGUCAAUGGCACAACCACCACCAUGCCCUCCCCGACCCUGACCAAGCGCAUGUCAUGGAAGCCCUCGGGUGGCAAGAAACUCUCGACCGGGUUGGCAAUCGUACUCGAGAACGUCGCGGCCGGCUUCAAACAUCCCAACGUGCUGGACGUCAAGCUCGGUGCACGACUCUGGGCCGAUGACGCCCCGCGCUCCAAACGCCAGAAACUCGACGAGGUCGCGAAGCGCACCACGACAGGAAGUCUCGGGUUCCGCGUGGCGGGCAUGAAGAUCCGGCACGCAGAAGAGCCGACGACAGGGACGACAGAGACAAACACUACCAGUGCCACCACGCCACGACAAGUAGUAGAAGAAGACCCUGCGCAUGUCGAGGUCAAGAACGGAUAUAAAUGCUACACAAAGUUCUACGGACAAUCGUUCGACCAGCACACCGUUGUUGACGCCUUCACGACGUACCUAGGCGGCGUACACCACGACCCCCGGCCGGGAAGGAAGACAUUUCGCCGGAGACGUGGGCCGGAGAUCGCCAGACGGCUUAUCCGCGAAUUGGAAAGCAUACAGUACAUGCUCGAGAACGAGGAGAGCCGCAUGUACAGCGCGAGCGUGUUGAUGGUGUAUGAAGGUGACGAGGACGCCAUGGAGGUUGCGAUACAAGAGGAGCAAAAAGCGGAACAGGAAAUGCCGAUUGAGCGUGAGGAUGGCGAUGGCAAUGAUCUUGAGCUCGACAUGGACAGUAGUGGCAACAACACUAAAGCGGUAGAAGUUGUUGUUGGUGGUGGUGACGAUGAUGAUAACGACAUGAUUGAUGACGACGACGACGACGAUGAUGAAGUACCUCCAAAAGUCCACGAAGUCAGGCUGAUCGAUUUCGCACAUGCCUCGUGGACACCUGGCCAGGGCCCAGACGAUAACGCCCUCAUGGGAGUCAAGAAUAUUUUGCGUAUCUUGCGGGACUUGACUGAAUAGUACCUCUGUACACAAAAGAUAAGAAUAGAAGAAAGGGAAAAGGGAAAAAACGGCAUGCCCGUAUAUGAAUGACUGUGAGACCAAAACAGACAUCCAAAGUCAUCCUAAGGUUUCAAAGUAAAGAAAAUAUACAAAAGUACACUGGAGGCGUUUGUUUCCAUGCCUUUGGUUAUCUUGAG